CCCCCACUCCAUCCGUGACCUCCUCCCGUCCUUUCUGUUCUUCUGCUGCAGAGGUUUCGCCGCUUGAUUGCUCUACCGAAAGUGUGCAGAGGAAAGCGUUUCUUCAAUGCGGAUUCCAAAUAAUCAUUUGUGACUGCGGGAGCGCGCGUGUGUACAGCGAGUCCUUGAUGUGACAAUGCAUGUGGAUUUUCAUUGGUUUUAGGUGGUGAUGUGCAAGAUAGGCUUAACAUCUUGCUCAGAUCAGUGAUGAUUAUUUGAUCAUCUGGGAUAUCUUGCUGCUGUGACUGUACCUGAUCAAUCAACUACAUUUUCCUUUGCCAACUUCAGCUAUAUUUAUCACUGUCAUUAUUUUGUCUGUAACAUAAAACUGGUUGAAAUGAGCAAGGAAACAAAAGCAAAAGUUGCAAAUGCCUUUCGUGCUAUGAAGGCUAUUGGGAUCUCUGAAAACAAGGUGAAACCUGUUUUGAAAACUCUACUGAAAUUGUAUGAUAAAAAUUGGGCCCUGAUUGAAGAGGAAAACUAUAGAGCCCUUGCUGAUGCGAUAUUUGAGAAGGAGGAAUCAGAAGCACAAGAGCAGGCAAAGAAGAUUGCAGAAAGCGAAGCUGCAGAGCAGUCAAAAAAGAUUUCAAAAACACAAAUAGAAAACUUUGUGAAUGAAGAGGAUCAUGCUGCUGAAGAGUCUGAAGAGCGGCCAUUAAAAAGGUUGCGUCAUAGACACCGAGAUGGUCAACCUUCAUCCUCGCACAUGUCUGGUAAUGGCACAGUCAAAACUCCUCUUGUCCGCCCUAAAGAAGAACCUGAAGAAAUAGCUAUAAUGCCUACAAAUGGGUCAGCGAGUACAGGGAAGCGGCCUCACACUAGGGAGGAAAACACAACUAUUAACUCUCAAUCUGUCACCCCUCCAUCACUGAGUAGGGAUAAAGGCAAGCAGCUUGCUUCUGCUGAACCCUCAAGUAUUAAUGAGAGAGAUGGCCGCCCCCAGCCCAGUAGCAUAAGCAGGAAUCAGCAAAAAACGCGGCUAGAAACUGAACCCAGAUCGCCUUCUCAUCCAAUGAAGCUUAGAGACAGAAGACAUGGAGCUACCUCCCCUCAACCUGCACCCAAGGAGAAGAGGCCAGUUCCUGAUGGUUCUAGCCAUUCUUUAUGUCUUAAAGAGCCAAAGAUUGAACCCGACAUCCUUCCACACCAUGAUGUAUCAAGAGGAGAUUCAUUGAUUGGGCAUGAGAUGCUUAGAGAAAAUUAUACUCCUGAACCUUCUGCAGUUCAAUCAUUUCAUGAAAAAGAAAUAGCUGAUGGCACCACUGCACCGAAUCAGUCUAAAAACAAUACUGAGCUACCGGAGAUCCCAGCUGAACACUCUUCUACCAUUGAGAUCGCUUCCUCUUCAAAAGGAGAGGCUAGAAUGUAUUUGAAAGCUAACUUGGAUGCCACAGGAUCCAACUUCCAUAUACCCAGUCUUGAGUCUGUGGUGAAGCAUGUUGAGGAUAAGUGUUUCAGAUCAAGCAAAUCUCUGGACCCCAACAUUUCAUUGAUGAAUGUCAUGAAAGAAGUAUGUGAAUGCUUUGUGGAGUUGGGAACCAAUUCCAAGAGCCAGUCACCAAAGAUUAUGGAUAUCGCUCCAACCACUGAUCCAGCCAGUAAAUGUUCUGCACCAGAUGGUGAAGUUACGGGUAGUAUGUGCAUGAGAUCUUGGAAUAAUCUUGCUGAUUCUCAGUCUAGUGCCAAGUUAACUGAAUAUCAAAUAUCUCUGCUUCCUUAUUCUGGGAUGAUUGAUGAGGCACAACCAAUAACGAAUCCUGGAGAUGAAAUUAUGAUUGAUAGAGAAGACAAAGAAAGUUGUGCUCAAGCAACUGAUGGCCUGAGCCUGGAGGUUGGUUGCCAGUCCCCGGCUCCUUGCAACAACAUGGAUGAUGAGGAGCAGGAGGCCAAUACAGUUGCUGGAGGUGAAAUGGCGAAAAAUGGUGAAAACCAAGAAAACUUUGAUGAUGAAUGCAUGGGGGUUGCUCAGCAGUCUCUACCAGAUUCUGGAGUACAUGACAUUGCCAAGGGACAAGAAAAGGUUGUGAUUACAAUGGUGAAUGAAGUGAAUGAUGAAUCUCCUCCAUCCUUUUUUUAUAUACCCCAAAAUACACCAUUCCAAAAUGCUUACGUAAAUUUUUUCCUGGCACGAAUUGGGGAUAAGAACUGCUGUCCUACUUGUUCUGUGGAUUGUUUAUCAUCUCCCACACCUUGUGCAUGUGCUAACGAAACUGGAGGUGAGUUUGCAUAUACCAGUGAUGGACUUGUUAAAGAGGAAUUUCUUAAGGAGUGUAUUUCCAUGAAUCGAGAUUCUAAGAAACAUUGUCAGUAUUACUGUAAAGUAUGCCCUCUGGAAAGAUCCAAAUGUGUAGAUGCCAUUGAACCAUGCAAAGGUCAUCUAGUGAGGAAGUUCAUAAAAGAAUGUUGGUGGAAAUGUGGCUGUACUAUGGAGUGUGGCAAUCGGGUGGUACAGAGAGGAAUAACCCAUAAGUUACAGGUGUUUAUGACUCCUGGAGGAAAAGGUUGGGGUCUGCGCACCCUUGAAGACCUGCCAAAAGGCACAUUUGUUUGUGAAUAUGUUGGAGAAGUAUUGACGAAUGCAGAGCUAUUUGAUCGUGUUCAGAAGAGAUCCCGACGGGAGAAACAUUCAUAUCCUGUGCUUCUUGAUGCUGAUUGGUGUGCAGAAGCUGUGCUGAAGGAUGAAGAAGCUCUUUGUUUGGAUGCUACAUAUUAUGGAAACGUGGCAAGGUUUAUCAAUCAUAGAUGUUAUGACUCAAACUUAGUAGAGAUACCUGUGGAAGUGGAGACUCCGGACCACCACUACUAUCAUCUUGCUUUCUUCACUACAAGAAAAAUUCGUGCCAUGGAAGAACUAACUUGGGAUUACGGAAUAGAUUUUGACGACCAUGAUCACCCCAUAAAGGCCUUCCGAUGUCAAUGUGGGAGCAAGUUCUGUCGCAACAUAAAGCGCACUCGACCUGCAACUAGAAGCAGUAGUAGACGAUAUUGAUCGAAAGCUUCGAUUUUUCUCGACUUACGGCCGCUGUGGUCAGUAUUUCAAAGUAUUGAAGGUUUGAAAGACAACCCCCUAACCCCUUUUUCUUUUUUUUCUUAUAUUUGGUAAUUGAAGGCUGAAAAUGAACUAAUCAAAGACUCCCUAUUGCAUUUCUUUCACUAUUUUGCUAAAACUUUGGUUUAGGGAACCUCUUAUAUGUAAUGUAUUCUAUUUCGUUGUAGUUACUCUUUUCAUUUUUGGACAGAAAAUGACUGAAAAUGUUGGAAU